UUUUUCGGACAUUCCUACUUGCGACAGGGUUUAUUUUUAUAAAAAAAAACUCAAAGUAUUGUAAAAUUUUAUACAUAAUGUACAACGGCGAAUGCAGCAUACUCAUAAAAGAUAUUAAGCCGGGACUCAAGAAUAUCAACGUAAUUUUUAUCGUUUUAGAAAUAGGAACUGCCACUGUAACCAAGGAAAAUAGAGAGGUGCGAAAUUUCAAAGUUGGAGACCAUUCUGCUUGCAUUAAUGUUUCUAUUUGGGAUGAACCGGGAAAGCUUAUAGCACCCGGCGAUAUUAUUAAGCUGACGAAAGGAUACGCUUCCAUUUGGCGUCACUGCCUUACCCUGUAUUCUGGCAAAAAUGGCGAAGUUUAUAAAAUUGGAGAAUUUUGUAUGACAUUUAAUGAGCAAAUAAACAUGAGUGAACCGAAAAGGCCUGAACAAUCACAGCAGCAGUCACAAGGACUGGGAGGAAUAGUCGGCAAUCCUCAACUAAUGCCAAAUACAAGUGGAGUUACAGGGCCUGUGGUUGGCUCCAAUACAAGUAGCGUUCCGGCUUCUACACAGCAGGUACAGCAGCCAGGCAGUAAUGGAAGUAUUGUACCCACCGGUCAAGGAGUUCAACGAAUUAUUGGAGCAACUAUAGGUGGAAGCAUCCAGCAGUCGAGUGUAACAACAGCUACUAAAACUGUAAAUCUACAACCCUUAGGACAGACGCAGCAGAAACAGCAGUUAAGUAGUGGAUUAAGCGCCCAAGUAUCUGUAAAUACAACUGCAACAAGCUCAGUUCAACAAUCCACGCAAGCAGUGACCACUGCUGGUUCUAUUCCGCCAUCACAAGCAACCAAGCCAAAUCGCGGCGGACGUACUGGGGCGACACGAUCAAGUAAUCUCAAGAGUGAACGUAGAUGAAGAAAGCAUAAAUGCGUAGGCGUAAUGGACAUCAAAAUAUGCUUAUACAAAGCGGUUUAGAUCAGGUUUGUUACAGCAUUGUAUAACAUAUUUCGGCAUCGUGGUAUUGUACAAG